GCCUUUUCGGGGGCUCAGGGAUGUAAGGGAUGCGGGUCUCCCCAGCUAGCAGACUGCUGCAUUGCUCGGUCUCUCACAUCCACAGAGGUCGUCAGAAAGGGGUGUGUCAUCUGCAAGCGGGUCUUUAAAAAUCAGACCUGCAAAUUGACGCACUUGAGAUAUAUAUAUAUAUUUUUUCCAUUUUCAGUCUCAAGUGACUACCUGCUCAGGGAUUCCGGGAGGUGGAUACGACCGCGGUGCCGCUUUAAACACCCAAGGGCAAAAAAGGACGUGGGACGUUUCGGAGGGGUAGCCAUCCACGUGCUCCCUCCCCCUUACACUCAUUCGCCGUGCAGAAGCUCACAAGGACGCCCUUUAUCCCGGAGAAGCCGGGAUGCGCAGAGAGAGCCGGCAGACGUCCUCAGCCGCUGCUCGCUGUUGAUUGCAAUUUGCAAGAGUAAAAACUGCAUUUCCUCAAAAAAACAAAAAGCAAAAAUAAAAAGCGAAAGUCGCCAGAGCAGAUAUAGCAACCAAAGAACACUCGUCUCUGAACGACCUGAAUGUAACAUCGUGAAGUGAAGGAGGGCAGGAAUUAAAAGCCAUCGUCAUGAAUUUCCUUAUGAAGCAAGCCCUGGGAGGGGCCACCAAGGACAUGGGCAAGAUGCUGGGGGGCGAGGAGGACAAGGACCCCGAGGCAGAGAAGGAGAAGGAGGAGGAGCGGCAGGAGGCGCUGAGGCAGCAGGAGGAGGAGCGGAAGGCCAAGUACGCGAAGAUGGAGGCGGAACGAGAAACCUUACGGCAGGGUAUUAGGGAUAAGUACGGCAUCAAGAAGCGGGAGGAGGCGGAGGCGGAAGCCCAGGCGGCCAUGGAGGCCACUGAAGGCAGCCUGACCCGGCCCAAGCAGGCCGUCCCCAAAGGCUGCGGCGACGCCGAGGAGGAAGAGGAAAGCAUUAUGGACUCGGUCAUGAAAUACCUCCCCGGGCCUCUGCAGGACAUGUUCAAGAAGUAAUACCCCCCUACACCCCCACCCCAGGCAGCCGCUAGUGUUCCCAUUCCUAUCGCAGACUCCCCCCCACCCAGCCUAGAGACUUAGCGUGUAGAUCAAAUUUACAACUUACACACCCUUCAGCUGUUUAUUUGUAAAUAUCCUCUGGUUUAGAGAAACAAUGACAAUACAUGUACAAACAGCUCAGAGUAUAAGCCAUACUUUUACCUAAUUUUUGCCGUUUAUAAUAUUUAUAUAUAAAUAUAUAUAAAUAUAUAAAUAUGAACCUCCAUUUUGUGCAUCAAUUGGCCCAUAGCUGCCCCCCCCUCCCCCAUCACACAUACAGUGGGACACAUGACUGCUCUCCGUGAUGCUGUCUAGCACCAGACGGCCAGACGUUACACUUACUCUAAGGUUUCACAAGCAAAUGGCGACGAAUGGGCCCAUUGUGAACAGCUGUACUCUUCCCCUUCGUUUUCUAUUUUGGGGCAAAUUCCAAGAGGACUUAAGGCAAUAAUUCUGGCCCUGGAAGUCUGUGUCUGGUCAGGGCCAGAGUAACAGGGGCACAUUAACGUGCAUUAAUCACAUCCAUUAAGGACUGUCCUUCACGUCUCAGAUGUGCGAGAUUUCUGUCGUAAACACCGUCCUUUAAAUGGCUGUCCGAGUGCAAACAGGAAGAUGCUACUUUAGCAAUCAAAAAUGACACAUUUUAUCCCUUUUUCAUUUUCAUAAAUGUAAAUAGUUGCUAUUUAUUAGGAGACCUCUGAUUUAGUCUGAAGUCUAUUUCGACUCAGACGUUACAGAAACAGAUGAUGGUGCAAUAUAAUUUCUUCUGAAGUCGUCCUUUAGCAGUCGCUUAAUUAUGAGAGAAUGUAACCCUUAAUCAGCAAUAAUGGGCUGUUUUUUUGUGCGAGUUAAGCUUGUUACGUAGAAAAAUGGGUAAUUAGCAUUUCAGAGUUGUCUUCCUGUCAUGGAUAUUGAUCGAUACUUUGGGACUGUGGGGCUCAUUAUGUACAUCUUAAUUAAUGGCGGAACUUUCGGACAAACGUCCCUUUGAUCGUUAUAGAUUUAGAGGUGGAAAUAAGGAAAUGAAUGUUACUUGCAGUGAGUUUAUGUAUGGGAGUCUGCGUGGGGGCCAUUAGUGCUCUGGAUGAGUGUAAAGAAGGUGUUUAUGUGUAGGAUGUCAGCGGGUUUGAUGGUGGAAAUGCGUUGACCUGUUUGCGUUAUUCGGUUGUGCCUCUGUAGCGGCUCUGUCACGUUUCUGUUAAUCUCGCCAUCGUUUGUUAAUUUCAUACCCUGUUUGUUUUGCGCGAUGACGCAUGAAUAAAAUGAAUUUGCUCGUCAUACUUGGGGGGCUGUUCCCAUAUCCGUCCAAAUGGAUUCCGGUGGACAUAUUCCAUGUAAGAACCAUCUUCCAGUUUGUACCUAGGUGUUGUACAGUGUCACUGCAUGCCAGUGCAAAGCAUCGUCUAUCCCCUUAACAUCCAGCACUGGAGAAAAUGGUGCAGGGUCAUUUAAACUCGACAAAAUCACAUCAAAGGAACAUUUAGUGAAGCUUUAUAAUGCCAUGACAAGGCAGAUUAUAUGAAAUUCAGUUAUAUUAAAUAUAUGCAGUAGAAAAGAGUAACAGUGAUCGGUAAUAACCACUAAUUUUCUGUGAAAUCGCACCAUUAUCACGAUACCUUUAGGCAUAAAUCAAUGCAAAGUAAAAAUGCUGGCAAACAUUUUCAUUUGUAUUUCCAACAUUCUGUACGAACCAUCAUAACACAGAAUGUAGACACUGAUCUAUGGAAAGACCUCCCCCCUCAAACGGGUGAGCGAGCAUUCCUUUCCACCCUGUCCCACCUUGGGUGACCUACUCCCUGGCAGGAGGGACACUAUGAGCUACAGCAGGGCUUGUAAGCUACCAUUUCAACCUAAAGGAUUUCACUUUAGCACUUUAGUCCUUGCUGCGUGCUGAUUGGUCAGUCUCCCACAAUCAUGCAUGUGUUACUAAUGUUAAUGUGAAGCAGCUGGAUGAAUCUUUCAAUCAAGGAAAUAAACCAGCGAAAGUACAACAUGAACCAAACAGUUUAGCUGAGUAUGGGAGUCUUUCAGUUUUAAAAUAGUUUGUAAAACCUGGAGUAGCUCAUUGUCCUUCCUGACUGGGGUUAGGGGGUCAUUUUCCCUCCCACUUUCUGCUUGCUUUCAGACUGGUAACUGUGACGUGCCAUUUCAUCUGAGAUUAUUAAACAUGCGCCUGGUUCGUGUUCAUCCCAUCCAGGGUGAGCCGUGACUUCCGGGAGUGACUUCAUGUUCUGGAAAUCAGUUAUGGCACACGUAUGGAUAUUUAAUGUUAGUCUUUAAAUAUUUAUUACACCCGUUUUAGUUUGCACACAAUGCAUGAAAUUGUGCAGAUAAAACCACAGGCACCUACUUUGGUCCUGCUUCAAUGAAUGGCAUUGUUUAUAUCUAAUCAUCGUUCAGAAUUUUUCGUAAUCGAUUUGCAAUUAUGGAAAAAUGGUGACUCUAUAUUAUCAGUGGUGUGAGUGUGUGGUCUUCAAUGGACUGAGAUCCUGUCUAGGUUGCUUCUGUAACUUGUGCCUUUCGAUAGGAUUCAGGAUAGAUUGAUGGAUGUAUUAUAUAAAAAUUCUCUGGAAUUAUAUUGCAUAACUAAGAGUCUGGCAUUAUAGUCUUCAUAGACAUAAUUAAGUUGGCAUUUUCAUCCAUCCAUCCAUCCAUCCAUCCAUCCAUCUUCCAAACGUUCAUCCUGAUUUUUGCUUAUUAUAGAAAUAAGUACAGUUAUGAGUGGUUCAUAAAACUUCUGGAGUGCUUGAUGUCAUGCGCUAGUCACAGUUUUGUUCCAUUUGUCACUGAUAUUUUUAUUCAGCCUCCAUAACUCAUGGAUAUCGACCAAGAAACACCCUCAAGUUUUGUGUUGUGCACAUUACUCACUCGUCUUUUUUUUUUUAGAACUGAAUGGAAAAUGAACAUUUAUUUUAAGUGACUUAAAUAAAUGACAAAUAAAUGAGUAAUGUCACGGUGAAGCACUGUACAGUGUGUCCUCACAUCACAAACAGGAUUUAACUUUUUUGAGACAACCAGAAGUUUGUCCCAGCAUCUUCCGACUGUUUCUGCGAGACUUUAAAAGUCUGUCGUCAGUGGGCGGUCAUCCGUGUGACAUCUUUUUUUUAAGUUUUAAAGCUUCUCCCAAAAAGCCUAACAGACACCAACCCACCACAGGCAUGACGGUCACUGCCUGCUUAGCCGACGGAUGGGAAAUGUCACCACAGUGUUUAUUCCUGGCUGUUUCUCUAACAGGGGAUUCAGCCCAUUCAGUCCAUGAGCAUCUUACGUUUUAAACCAGAAUCCAGAUCCCCGAAACCAUCAUAACGAAGCAGACCACUGACACCAAAAUGUUCCCUUGCUGUGCCCUGAAUGUAAUGUCUACUGUUUCACUGCGAUGUCCAUAAAUGUUCCCCUAUAUGUUUAGAAGACAGGUGUAUUUUUUCCGUGUGUAAAUGUUUCUGUCCUUGGUGCCCGUUUGAAAAAAAAAAUGUGUAGUUUGUGCUUCAUUUUGUAUUGCUCUCUCUCGCUCUCUCUCUCUCUCUCUCUAACUCUCUCCUGUUUACACUCACAAGCAUGCAUGGUGUACUCCUGCGGCCAGUUUUGUAAGAUACCUCUGUGCGUCUUCUGUGUUUAAACUGCCUGUGAGCUUUCACCGCAUGCCAUCCAGACAGGUCAUUCAAUGGUGUAAUCAUCGCACACCAGACAAAAAAAAAAAAACAAUAAAGUGAUUUUAUAUGAUAA